AUGGCUACGGGCAGCGGCCGGGCAGCGGCGUCCGAGGCUGGUCAAUGUUCUUGCGAGGAGGUCGACGAGGACGAGGGCGAGGGCGAGGACGAGGACGAGAUAUAUUCGUCUACAUCCCCUCACUCCUUCUCUCCCCUCCCCCCCUUCGACCCGCCCCUUGCCACUGGGCUCGACCGCCGAGACCCACUGGGCGUCGACCCCCCACUCGCCCCCACUAUCUCACUGCGGUUCAUACUCGACCCCGGCCUGGAUUGCGCCCGUCCGGACAAACUCGACAUCCCCGACACCACUCCCGCCGCUGGCGGACUCCCUCGCAUCCACGGCAUCUUCAAGUGCACCCACCCGACCCACGUCUUCGCGUACUCUGCUCGUUCUCGCCAUUCCCUCUUCCGUUCAAACGCAGCCCGAUACCGCUCGUACGACUCUCGAAACCCUCGGUCCACUCGCGACGAAAAUAUCAGCUCUCCUCGAGACGUCGACGCUGGUGGUAUCGGCGAUAUAGGCACCGAGGAGCUCCGCUUUGUCUUGCUGGCGCUUGGGGAAGGGGAUCGUGCUCGGCGCACCGGCGAAGGGACCAUCGUCGUCGUCACUCGUGUCGAAUCUGUGCGUCCAAACAGGAAGGAGAGAGGGUUGAAAGGCAAUUUCGAUCGUAAAGGCGGCUGGCGCACGUUCAGAUGCAUGUUGAACUGCCGAAGCGCACGGUUUGCGUGA